UCAGCAUGCGCGGGCUCUGCCGCCGCCUCUGCCUGGUGGCCGCCGUGCUGGGGCUGUGCGGGGGCAGCAGGAAUUGCCCCGACCUCAUCGUGGACCGCUGCCUGUGCGCGGCCGAGCGCGCUAAGGGGCCCGGCCGUCCGGCUCUCCGCAUCAAAGUGGUCUGUACGGGCGGCGACUUGGUGGAAACUUUGCAGCCCGCCGUGCUACCCAACCGCACCGUGUCCCUGAUUCUGAGUAAUAACAAGAUCUUGUGGUUGAAGAAUGGUUCUUUCUUUGGACUCAGAUCCCUGGAGAGACUAGAUCUGAAGAAUAAUUUGAUCAGCACAAUUGAGCCAGGGGCCUUCCAUGGACUUUCAGAACUAAAGCGCCUGGAUCUGUCAAAUAACAGAAUUGGUUGUCUAACACCAGAAAUGUUUGUUGGACUUAACAGUCUUCACAAACUCAAUUUGUCAGGGAAUAUUUUUUCAAGUCUCAUGAAUGGACUUUUUUCUGAGCUGCUAGCUCUGAAAGCACUACACUUCAACACUGAUUCGCUCAUUUGUGACUGUAAUCUAAAGUGGGUCUUGCAAUGGGCCAGAAAUACUUCAGUUCGAAUAGCGGAAGAAACAGUUUGUGCUUACCCCAGUGCUUUACAAGGACUGUCAUUUCGUAACCUGAAGGAAAACCAGCUGAUAUGUGCUGGACCUCUGGAACUUCCUCUUUUUGAGCUGAUCCCAUCACAAAGACAAGUGGUUUUUCAUGGAGACCGCUUGCCAUUUCAAUGUACUGCAACGUAUGUUGACAAUACCACCCAAGUACAUUGGUACCAUGCUGGUCGCCUAAUUGAAACAGAUGAAGAGAGUGGUGUAUUUGUGGAGGACAGCAUCAUUCAUGACUGCUGCUUAAUUACACGUGAACUUAUCCUAUCCAGUAUUGAUAUUGAUGCGACUGGAGACUGGGAGUGUCUAGUCAACAAUUCCUAUGGAAAUAGCACUAAACAAGUAGAAAUUGUGGUACUUGAAACAGCUGCACCCUACUGCCCUGCAGAAAGAGUUAUUAACAACAAAGGAGAUUUCAGAUGGCCUAAAACUUUGGCUGGGAUAACUGCUUACCACCCCUGUCUCCAGUAUUCAUUUAACUCCAUUGCCUUUCACAAUGGCGCAGAAGAGUCUAAGGCGUGGCGUAAAUGUAAUAGAACUGGACGUUGGGAUGAAGAAAAUUAUUCGGAAUGUCCUUAUUCACAAGAAAUAACUCAAGUUCUUCAUGCUUUUAGUCAGAUGCACAUCAAUUUGACAACCGUGCUUGAAUUUUCCCGCCAGCUGACAGCCUACACAAGAGGUGCUUCCCACUUUGCAGAUAAAAUGGAUAUAAUAUAUUUGGCUUAUAUAAUGGAAAAGUUAAUUGUCUUCGUGGAUGAAGUUGAAGAUAUUGGGGAUGCUCUUAUUGAAAUUGCCAGCAAUAUCAUGUUGGUUGAUGACCAUGUGUUGUGGAUGGCUCAAAAGGAAGACAAAGCCUGCACCAGGAUUGUACGAUGUGUGGAACACAUUGCAAGUCAAAUACUCACCAGCAAUAUUCAAGUUAUAUCAAAGGUGUCCCGUAAUAUUGCUCUUGAGGCCUUUAUGAUCAAGCCAUCUAGUUUCACAGGAAUGACUUGCACUGCCUUCCAGAAAAUAUCUGCAAAUUCUGACAAGACAGUGGUGCAUGAUUUAGGAAGGUGGGAAGCAAAUCCUGAUCAACAUUUAAAUUUCAAGUGCAACACUGGCAACCUGAAUGGUUCCUUGGUGAAUUCUUCUACCAGAAACGCUGUAGCAGUAGCCUCAGUUCAUUUGCCACAGUCUGUCUUCUCUCAGUCUUCAGCCUGGCAAUCUGUUGAUAACUCCACUUGCAAGCUGCAGUUUAUUGUCUUUCGGAAUGGAAAACUCUUUCCUAGCACGGGAAACUCAUCAAAUUUUGCAGAUGAUGGGAAACGUAGGACGGUUGCCACACCAGCUGUUUUUGCUAAAAUAGAUGGGUGCCGUUUUGGAAACCUCACUAGCCCUAUUACUAUAGGGUUGAGGCACUUUGCACGGGGUAUAGAUCCCAUUGCAGCCUUCUGGGAUUUUGACCUUCUAGAUGGACAUGGAGGCUGGUGGGGAGAAGGGUGCCACAUAAUUAGUUCUGCAGGCAAUAUUACCACCAUUCAGAGUACACACUUCAGUAACUUUGCAGUGCUAAUGGAUUUUAAGACAGUGCUGUCUUUCCCCCAGUACCCAGGGGAGUUUCUGCACCCUGUGGUAUAUGCAUGUACUGCAGUUAUGUUGUUGUGCCUGUUUGCUUCUAUUAUCACCUACAUUGUCCAUCACAGCACAAUCCGGAUAAGUAGAAAAGGGUGGCACAUGCUUCUCAACUUUUGUUUCCAUACUGCCCUAACUUUUGCUGUUUUUGCUGGUGGAAUCAAUCGCAUUAAGUAUCCAAUUAUAUGCCAAGCUGUUGGUAUAGUACUACAUUAUUCUACACUCUCUACUAUGCUAUGGAUUGGAGUAACUGCCAGGAAUAUUUAUAAGCAAGUCACAAAAAACCCUCAGCCGUGCCAAAACAGUGACCAACCUUCUUAUCCAAAGCAACCACUGCUCAGAUUUUACCUGAUUAGUGGCGGAGUUCCUUUUAUUAUAUGUGGGAUAACAGCAGCAACCAAUAUCAACAAUUAUGGGAUUGAAGGCAAUGCACCAUAUUGCUGGAUGGCAUGGGAGCCCAGUCUUGGUGCUUUUUAUGGGCCAGUAGCAUUCAUUGUGCUAAUCACCUGCAUUUACUUUCUCUGCACAUACGUGCAACUGAAGCGCCAUCCUGAACGCAAGUAUGAAUUAAAGGAAAAGACAGAAGACCCGCAGAGAAUUCCAAGUACUGAGGUGGGCCAUGGUCAUAUUACAGACUCUGUGCCUGUUCCCCAGGCAACCUGCUCCAUGAUUUCUUCUUCCUUAUUGGAAAAUGAGCAUUCAUUUAAGGCUCAGCUUCGAGCCGCAGCAUUCACUUUGUUUCUGUUUACUGCCACCUGGACCUUUGGAGCACUUGCAGUAUCUCAAGGUCAUUUCUUGGAUAUGAUAUUUAGCUGUCUUUACGGAGCCUUCUGCGUGACCUUGGGGCUUUUCAUUCUGAUCCAUCACUGUGCAAAGCGAGAUGAUGUCUGGCAUUGCUGGUGGUCCUGUUGCCCAUCUAGAAGGAACACCUAUUCUGUCCAAGUUAAUGUGCGCCCAAAAGUUAAUGUCAAUGGUGACACUCAAGUUCAUGCACCUUGUCUUCAGGAAUCACCAUGUCCCAACAAAUCAGCUGUGUUUAAUCAUCCAGCAGCCAGCCACUGCAAACUUACUAAUCUACAAGCGGUUCAAAAUCAUGUUAACUGCCUUUCACCUGUGACACCAUGUUGUGCAAAAAUGCACUGUGAUCAGCUACUUGAUGAUGAAGCUCACAUUCAUGUCCACAACGAGGGAACCUUCAGACCCAACAUGCACAUUCAUAGAUGCCUGAAAAGCAGAACUAAGCCACGUUAUUUCAGUCGGCAUAGGUCUGCAGGUGAAAGAGAAUACGCCUAUCACAUUCCUUCAAGUCUUGAUGGCAGUAUCCACAGUUCACACACAGACAGUCCCCACAGCACGCAUGAUAGCCAGUCGGGCCACAGGCGGGCCUGCUGCUCUAAAAGCGACCCAUAUCCUACUGUCAACCAGCCUGAAAGUAGCGACGCAAGUACUGUAAUAUAUACUUGUGCUAAAAUGCCAGAAAGUGACACUGUGCACCAUCCAGCUCAUUUUGAAAUGCACCCACGGACACAGUCAUUGCCAUUUAAUACGACGAAUCACAAUGGGAUUCUCAAGGGAAAUGUGCAUGAAGCCAUGAUAUACAGCUCAGAUAGUACAGGAAAUAUCAAAACUGGCCCUUGGAAAAAUGAAACUACUGUGUAGUUCAUGGGCCAUCAUAAUGUGUUUGAGUUUUUUUUUCCUCUAAACCAUUGCUAUCUUUCUUUUUAUGCCAAACUAAAUAGAUGACAUCUUUGUGUAGCUCAUCAGUAAAUUGUACAGCUUUUCCAUCUUUAUUUCCAUAUUUUCAAUGAGAGUCUAAAAGAGAGAGAUAGUGACAGUUUUAAAGUGACGUUAUUUUUAAAAGAAAGUUAUAAAAUUGUUCUGAAAGAUAAUUAGAAAAUGAAGUGUAGACAAUUAUG